GAUUACCUCAUAAUCAGGGAAAACCCUGUUCAUGACGCCUUGUGCUCGACAGAGGGCUCUUCGCGUUGCCACAUAUCUCAGAAUACAGCAAUUCCCCCUCCUGGGCUUUUACGGCUCUAUAACGCAUACAAAUGACAUUUUUCCACCGAACAGUUGAUUUUGAUAAGCGCACCAACUACUAGAGCUGUCUAUUAUACUUUUUAAGAAGAGAGAGAGACAUAAAUGUUGAUGUCCACUGACAGCAAGGCUGUUGUCGAUAAUACUUGAGCCAAACUGCAACGACUAGAAAAGGUCGUUUGAAAGGAUAGUCUGGAUGGAAAACAAGGCUCCUGUCCUUCCUCAAGAAAACUGACAAGCAAUAGUCUGAAUUCAAGGUCACCUGUGCCAGACAUCAUGACGACGGACCAGUCUGCACGGUACCGUCCCACCUGGGACCUGGCCCUGGACCCCCUGAUGUCCUGCAAGCUGUGCCUUGGGGACUUCCCCCGUGAGCAGAUGACCACCAUCAGCCAGUGCCAAUGUGUCUUCUGCAGCCUGUGCCUGCAGCAGUAUGUUGAACUUCUGAUCAAAGAGGGCCUCGAAACCACUAUUAGCUGCCCAGACUCUGCCUGCCCAAAACAAGGUCACCUGCUAGAGAAUGAGAUUGAAUGCAUGGUGGCAGCAGGGAGCAUGCAGAGGUACAGGAGGCUGCAGUUUGAGAGAGAGGUGCUGCUGGACCCGUGUCGAACCUGGUGCCCGUCCUCGUCAUGCCAGGCAGUGUGCCAACUGAAGGAGGGGGAAGUGGCACUACCACAGCUGGUCCAGUGCACGGUGUGCAGGCUGGAGUUCUGCUCAGCCUGCCAGGCCAGCUGGCAUAAAGGACAGGCCUGCCAGGACAACAUGCCCAUCAUCACCUUCCUACCCGGGGAGACCAGUUCCUUCUACAAGAGCGACGAUGAAGAUGCACCCAUCAAGUGCUGUCCCAAGUGUAAGGUGUACAUCGAGAGGGACGAGGGCUGUGCUCAGAUGAUGUGCAAGAACUGUAAGCACGCCUUCUGCUGGUACUGUCUGGAGUCUCUGGACGACGACUUCCUCCUGAUCCACUACGAUAAAGGGCCAUGCAGAAACAAACUGGGCCACUCCAGAGCUUCAGUGAUCUGGCACCGGACACAGUGUCUCUAUCGCUCUCUCUCGCUCUCUUUCGCUCUCUCUCGCUAGUGUCUCUCUCACGCGUUCUCUCUCUCUCUCUCUCUCUCGCGCUACUGGCUCUCUCUUCCACUCUCGCUCUCUUUCUCUCUCCAGGUGGUGGGGAUAUUUGCUGGCUUCGGUCUGCUCCUACUGGUGGCUUCUCCCUUCCUCCUCCUAGCCACACCCUUUGUUCUGUGCUGCAAAUGUAAAUGCAGUAAAGGAGAUGACGAUCCUCUGCCUACCUAACCAACCCCGCCCUGGACACAGGGUCAGGUCAGCUCACCUGACAGACAGUGGCACCAGGCCUGUUGAUGGACAGGGUGUUUGGUGUUUGGUUAGUCAUCCACUCCUUACAGUGUUUUAAUCCCGCACACCGGCCCAGAGGACUCUUAGGGAUUGAUGGGUUUGUCGCUGAGGCAGCACAGUGCAAGUGGAUGAGGAACAUUGACUUUGGGUGGAGCCAGCAAAUUGGGUUGUGGGGACACUCUGAACAGUGUAGUUUUGAUGUGAUGUGUUAAGAAGGACCGGGUCUGCAGAGGCGAGGAGGACAGAACCACCAGUCAAUGUUGGGCUGGGUUGGUUGUUGCUUCAGAGGUCAAUCUGGGAUUGGUGGUUAUAGCUCUGUCUAUGUGUGUCAGGUUCAAGGUUAAGGUUAUUUGUACAACUGUCUUGGUGCUUUUUUGGGGGACUGCAAAUAUAAUCUAGGUAUAUUUGGAGGGAGCAGCCUUGGCUAUCAGCCACGGAAUGUGGAAGUAUCUCCUAUAAGGGUAGAUACUGUGUCCCAAGUGACAACGUAUUCCCUAUAUAGUGCACUAUUUCUGACCAGGACCCAUAAGGCUCUGGUUAAAAGUAGUGCACUAUUUAGGGAAUAUUUACUUACCAACCGGUUCUCCCUCUUCAGCUCUUGAGCUUUGUAUAAGAACACAAACAAUAUCAAGGAUCUCAUCAGAGAAAACCAUUUCAGAUGAUCCGUUUGUAUCAUGUAAAUCUCUGAGGAUUCACAACGUCCCUCAAAUAUAUUUUGAACCUUUUGUUUUCUAUUAUAGACUUGCUGGGAAAGAUUUGUCAGAUAAAAGAUGAGACUAUUGUUCAACAUAACCUACAGGAUGCAUGUCUACUAUAUGCUUGAGGAUGUUAUAUAAUCUUCUCAGAUUAUAAGGAGUCAAUUUUACCACCAUCUUGAAUUUACUGCCCGUUCUCCCGAAGAAAAAUAUGUGUAAAUAUGCAAACUUCCUUUACAACUAUUUACCAUGGAAUAAUUUGCUAGAAUCGAGAGUGAAUGGUAUAACAUUGAUCGUUCAGUAUUUCUAUCAACACAGUGGAAUAAACAGCAUACAGGCCGCCCAGAUGAUAGCAAGCAGGGUUGGAGUCGAUUCCAUUUCAGUUAAAUCAAUUCAGGAAGAUAAAUGAAAUUCCAAUUUCAAUUUUCCUCAUUGCUUCUUUAUGAGAAAUAUUUGGAAUUGGAAUUUCAAUUUACUGAAUGAAAAGGAAUUGACCCCAACCCUGGUCGCAAGUGCUAAUGUCCACUGAAUAACCCAUUCUGUAGCAGCUCAACCUACUUCUGUUAUAUUUACUAGCAGUGAAACCCCUUUAAUGAGUUAAACUAACCAUCUUAUAUUAGACAAAGCACUUGAGUUGAGGUAGCCAAGGUGCCACAAAAUGUCUUUCAAAUCUACUUUGAUAUGAGUGUGAUUGAUUCACACUCCCUUUUUACCAAAAUGCUCUUAUUUGAUAUUGUACAAUUCUGAACCCUACUGUUAUUUAUCCUACAAUUUGUCACAUGUACUACUAGCAUUCUCCUGUUACGCUCCACACCAAUUAUGUUGAGAAAGACUUCAUUGCUUGCGUGUUGUAUUUUUGUGGAUCGAAAAAUAUCAGAAUAGUAAGCUUUACUUAAAAGAAUUCUGUGAUACAAUGACAAUGGUGUACAUUCUGGGUUUUAAAAGUAUUCUAUCACAUAGUUUUUUGUAUACGGAUAUAAUGUCAUCCCCAGGUUCAAGUGCUAUGACAGAGCGAGAGCCAGCAAGUGGACUAGAUUAAUAUGGAUGUAUUUCCAUAGUAUGAUUUAGAUUUUUUAAAUGUACUGCUUAAUUGAUAAUUUCACGGUAUUCUGUCACAAAACCUGACCAAUUGAGUCAGACUCCAAAUAUGGGCUCAACACAUCCUGGUCCAGUUUUAUAGCAGCAAUUGGGUCAAUAGAGCAGGAGUCUUAUCUGAGAAAUUAGGAGGUGUGUGUGUUAGGGGGGGAUCAGGCUAAUAGGCUUAUUUAUAAUUGGUGGUCAAGUUUUUGGAGUCAAAUGUAGCCUAAAUGAUCCUUUAAGAUGUCUAGGUCAGGACCACUUGUAGUGUGUGUUCACUUACAUUUUAACUUCUUCAUUUUGUUGUAUUUAGGGGUUUUUAUGUUUAAAGAAUAUUGCAUUGCACUCAACUAAUUAUAUUUAAACUGUAUGAAGAACAUCUUUUUUACUGUAGCAUUUCUGCACAUGAGUUCUGUUACGUUAAAUGGAUACUUCGGGAUUUUGGCAAUGAGGCCCUUCAUCUACUUCCCCAGAGUCCGAUAAACUCGGGAAUAGUAUUUUUAUGUCUCUGUGUGCAGUUUGAAGGAUGUUGCUAUCUAGCGCUAGCGCAAUUGAGCGCAAAAGCCUUAACACCAUGCAUGCUAGCAGAUACCAUAGACUUCUAGUCAUUGCGCUAACGCUAGUUAGCAUUGCCAAAAUCCCCAAAUAUCCAUUUAAGUUCUUGUUCAGAUGUUUACGUACUGUACAUUUGUUUGUAACACCACAUACUUUAAAUAAAAAGCACAUUUAGCUUGU